GCGAACGUCACCGGGAAGAAAGGGGGCGGCGCACUCUUGUUCGCCGUAGUUGGCGCCAAGCUCUCCGAGGGCCUCAACUUCUCCGACUCGCUUGCACGGGCUGUGGUUGUUGUCGGCUUGCCGUAUGCCAACCUCGGCUCUGCAGAGCUGAAAGAGCGCAUGAAGUACGUGCGGGAAGCAGCGCGUUCUGCACCUGCACCUGGCCGCAUCCCGGUUCGCGACGCGGGCCUAGAGCUGUACGAGAAUCUCUGUAUGAAAGCGGUCAAUCAGAGCAUCGGGCGCGCGAUCCGGCAUAAGAGCGACUGGGCCGCACUCAUCCUGCUCGACAAACGAUAUGCAUCGCCGCAGAUCCGAAGGAAGCUGCCAAGAUGGAUAGAUGAGGAGCUCAAGGUUGCGGCCAACUUCGGCGCGGCGGUCAAGCAUCUGGGUGCGUUUUACCGUACGAAGAGGAAUGGAUAA